AUGUCAACCACGCAGAUUCCUACUGCAGCUGAUUAUGUCAUUGUGGGUGGUGGUACUGCGGGCCUAGUCCUGGCAGCAAGACUGUCAGAGGAUCCGGGCACAAGCGUGGUCGUUCUCGAGGCGGGAACAAAUCAUCUUGAAGAUCCCAGAGUGAACAUUCCUGCUCUCUGGACUACGUUGUUUGGGACGGAUGCCGAUUGGGCGUUCGCGACAGUCCCCCAGGUAACACUGGGUGACAGAACCAUCAACGCAGCUCAGGGCAAAAUGCUGGGUGGUUCCUCUGGCAUCAACGGCCAGGCAUUCGUUUCAGCAUCAGAGCUUGUAAUUGAUGCAUGGUCCAAACUAGGAAAUGAGGGUUGGACUUGGAAAAACCUCCACCCGUACUACAAGAAGUCGUAUACCUUAAAUCUCCCUGAUGACGAAACGUGCGAGCACCUGGGAUUGAACUGGGUUGAGCCCUCUGCCCACGGUUCUUCGGGACCCAUCCAAGUCUCCUUUCCGGGGCAACUUCAAAACCCGCUUGUGAAAGCAUGGGUGGAAUUGUUCAAGAGCAUUGGCUACGACGUUACCGCCGACCCGUAUUCCGGAGCCUCAACGGGUGGGUUUAGCAGUCUUGCGGCUGUUGAUCCCCAAACUAAAACAAGGAGCUAUGCUGCGAAUACAUAUGGCAUUGCUGCGAUGCAGCGCCCAGGAGUACGUAUUGUAACGGACGCCUUCGUCAAGAAAGUGCUGCUAGAAGGCUCCAAACCAGAUGUGCACGCGACUGGUGUCGAGGUCGACGUUAAAGGUCAGCUUGUCACCGUCGGAGCAAACAAAGAGGUCAUUAUUACCGCCGGAGCAUUGAACACCCCCAAACUGCUGGAAUUGUCCGGAAUAGGAAACAAGAAAAUCCUUCAGAAAUAUAAUAUACCCGUCGUUGUUGAUAACCCAAACGUUGGAGAAAAUUUGCAAGACCACUUGAUGAGCGGAAUAAGCUUUGAGGUUGUCGACGGCGUAGUUACUGGAGAUCCACUUCUCCGACAAGAACCCGAAGCUACUCAAUCUGCUAUGCAGAUGUAUUCCGAACACAAAGCCGGUCCAAUGACUAUCGGGGGGGUUCAGUCAAGUGCCUUGAUGCCGAUUCUUGAAUUUGCAGGUGUCGACGGUCAGAAAUCACAGACGCGGUUUUUCGAUAAGUACUUGCCCACUGCAUCUACCUUCCAAUCCACUGUCCGCGACAUCUUCGAAACACACAAAGCGCCUACGUGUGACAUGUUUAUGUUUCUCGCCCAAGCCAACCUUCACGAAGCUAACACAAGCUGCUUCGUUGGGACCCGACUCCUCCCCGGUAACUAUCUCAGUUUAGGAGUUAUGCAGAGCAUCCCCUUCUCUCGCGGCCAUACUCAUAUAUCCUCUGCCAAUCCCGAGGAUAAGCAAACAAUUGACCCCCGUUAUUUCUCCCAUCCACUGGAUAUCGAGAUCUUGGCCCAAAAUCUGCUUGAUGUAGAACGUUUGCACGAGAAUGAAGCACUCACCAAAUAUCUCAAAAAACCAAACGGACGACGAAACCAUUCCGACUCCUUCCUCACGGAUGUAGAAUCGGCGAAGAAGUAUUUGCGUGACACGGUAACAACGGCGUAUCACUUCUCAGGAACAGCUGCAAUGCUCCCUGAGGACCAGGGGGGUGUCGUUAAUGAGAAUCUGGUCGUUCAUGGAACGCUCAAUCUGCGUGUGUGUGAUGCAAGUAUUUUUCCUGUUAUCCCACCUGCCAAUCUUAUGGCGACAGUAUAUGCUGUAGCUGAGCGGGCUGCCGAUAUCAUCAAAACGGAUGCGUAG